UAAGAUAGCCUGGGUCAGUCGCGAAGCUUUUCGGGAGUUUGGUCGAGACUUUCGAAUACCAAUUGCUAUUUUGUUCAGUGGAUCUGUUGAUCUCAUCAAAUUUCUGUUGUUCUUUAUGCGUUGGACUUGAUUAUCGCCUUGAUUUUGUUCGGACUCUCGACCGUUCUCUUGGCAGAGUACAAGUUUGACAAGAACUCACCAUCAGAAAUGUUGCGAUCACGAACCUUUUACGACGCAAAUGGCGUUCUUCGGACGGAGCUGAUUCCCAUCGCACAGCCACGUGUUUUCGACAUUUCACGGGAAAGCGUGAAAAUCGUGGGCUACUCACAAAUCCGUAUUGUGUGCACUGGCACUCUUCCUCGUGAUGUGGAUUUGCCCUUGUGUGGCGUCAUCAAGUUGUUGCAAGCGCAUCCGCUGUUCCUCCUUUGCGAUAAUCGUAUGACAGUGCAGGAUCUGAUGGGCUACAUGAAGGAGCAUUACCGGCUGGCAGAUGCGCAAAUCGUGUUUACGAAAAAUGGUGAGGCACUGGCAAGCACGGAAACCAUUCGCGACUGGAUUAACAGUAUUAAAUGGCCGAAAGAGCCCGGAAUGUACGGGGAGGUGUGUUACAGUUUGAAUCUGGAUAUUCGCCUGCCGGGGCCGGGUCCGGGUGCUCCGCAGAGUUUGCCGGAAUUAGUGCGAACUUUAAGUAGUAUUGCGCCAAUCAACAAGUUAACUGUGACGUUGGAGUUUGAGGAUGGAGAAAAGAUGGUUAUUUCAGGAACAUAUUGAGUCUCUGCCGUGUCUUUCAAAAUCCGAACCUUGCCUUCGUCCCCCCAACUUAAUCUCCCGACAGGCCCGUUAUUAUUGUGUUUUAAGUUCUUUCUUUUUUAACCAAUUUAAAUGGCAUUUGUGAUAUAUAGCCGUCCGUCAGCUAAUGACGAAUCCCAUUUUUGAUUUAACUAAACACAGAAUCCUACGGUAUACACUAACUAAGCAGACUUCAGCUAUUUGGAACUAGAUAUCUAUAUUUUAUAAGUACGUGAUUAUUUCACACUGGGAUACAUGCCCGAAAUGCAAUAAGAUGUUUUACA